AUGGGUUUCUUCACCUCUUCUUUCGCUCUCCUCGCUGUCGCUGUCGCUAGCGCGUCUGCGUUGCUGAUUCCGACCAACGCUACCUUUUCCUCUACCGAUCUUUCCGCUCGGGGUGUUCAGGGCACCGGCCAAGGCACAUUUAACGGCUUCUUCUGGACCAACUUUGCCACUAGCGGCUUCAGCAGCAAUAUUUUCACCAACAUCGCUGGCGGCCAGUACAAGAUCCAGUGGAGCGGCUCCGGGGACUUCGUAGUUGGACAAGGUUUCAAUCCCGGUAGCAAAUCCAAAGUCGUCAAUUUCAAUGCUCAAUGGGGACCGAAUCCUGCCUCGGCGUCUUUGCUUUCCGUAUACGGAUGGUCGACCAGCCCGCUCGUCGAGUACUACAUCAACGAGCAAUCGAACAACUUCAACCUCGCCACCGCCAACCCUGGAACCACACACAAGGGCACGGUCACAUCUGACGGAAGUGUCUACGACAUCUACGAGCACCAGCAAGUCAACCAGCCUUCCAUCCAGGGAACUGCGACGUUCCAACAAUACAUCUCCGUUCGCCAGAACAAGCGCACGAGCGGCAGCGUCACCGUCCAAAACCACGUCAACGCCUGGGCGUCGCUCGGUAUGCCGCUUGGCACCAUGAACUACCAGGUCGUCGCAGUUGAAGGCUUGGGCAGCUCAGGCCAGGCCACCGUCACGGUCAGCUAA